AUGAAUUACAAACCAAAUUUUUUUUCUGUUGACUGGAUCGCAGGUGAAGACAAGUUUAUCUACAGAAAUGAAGAUGGUGCACUGUUGGAAUAUGACUGCCUUACAAAGAAUUCAACUCUCAUCAUGGACAACACUACAUUUAGGCAAUUUGAUACCAAUAUGUAUUCAGUGUCACCAGACCGUAAAUACGUCUUAAUUACAUAUGAUGUUACGAGGAUUUUCAGACAUUCUUAUUUAGCUAAAUAUGAAAUCUAUGACGUCAAUACAAGGGUCACUACAGCUUUUGGUGGUCCUCAAAGAGAGAAAGACCGGUUGUCAUUUGUUCUUUGGGCUCCUGUGGGCCACAGUGUGUAUAUUAUUUUCUUAAAUAUAUUUUCAUUUUCUUCUGCCUUUCCAGAGGAGAUUCUUUCAAGUAAUACUGCUGUUUGGUUUUCAAAGUCAGGCAGUUACCUUGCAUAUGCCUCAUUUAAUGAUUCAAUGGUGACGAACUUUGACUACCCAUAUUAUGACUAUAUGGAAAACCAAUACACUAAAAUCAAGCAAAUAAGAUAUCCCAAGGCUGGCACAGCAAACCCAACUGUAAAAUUGCGAGUGAUUUAUUUUGAAAGUGGCCAACAGGUGGAGCUUCGUAUUCCAACAGAUUAUACAAAGCCUAACAGUGAAUACUACUUGGCAAAUGUUGAAUGGCUGAAUGAUGAUUAUCUGGCCGUAACUUGGACCAACAGACCACAAAACUAUAGUAUUAUUACAGUUUGUGGAGGGAGAGCAGGAACCUGUCAUUUUAAUAUUGAUGAGAAAGUAGCAAAUGGAUGGAUUGAAACACUACGCCCAUAUUUUGUACCAGAUGGCAGCAAGUAUUUCAUCAAAUUACCUGUUAAUGACGGCAAAAGUGGACACUACAAACAUGUCUGCCAGGUGUCUGUAAAAUCCGUGAUGGAGCGUGGGCAGAAAUUGGUUUUAACCCAAGGAGAAUGGGAAGUGACUAACAUUGUUGGAUAUAACAAUGAAACUCAAGAUUUGUAUUUUAUUGGAACAGGAGGUGACUCACGUAAACGACAUCUUUACAGAAUCAGUGUGAAGGAUGAUUCUAAAGUGAAAUAUCCACACUAUUGUCUGACAUGCUCCGCUGAAUAUGAAAAUUGCCAGUAUGCUGAUGCUCUUUUUAGUCCAACUGGAAAAUUCUACAUUUUGAAAUGCUUGGGACCAGGAGUGCCAACUUACAGUCUCUACUCUUCAGACCAUAAUAAAUUGAUCAUGACCUUGGAGAAUAACACUGCAUUCACUGAACGUCUUAAGAUGAAAGCUCUACCUAAGAAACGAUAUAUGAAGCUGAAGAUAGAAGGAAAAAAUGGAAAUUAUGAAACUUGGGCAAAACUCUUGUUACCUCCUAUUUUGAAAGAUGAAGAAAUUCUUACUUACCCACUUCUUUUGGAAGUGUAUGGUGGACCUGGAAGCCAGAAAGUGACUGAACAGUUUGAAAUUGGUUGGGCUACGUACCUCACCAGUUCAUUGAAUAUCAUUCAUGCUUCAGUUGAUGGACGAGGUUCCAGUGGUAAUGGGGAUAGAUUUAUGCAUGAACUAUACAAAUCAUUUGGAACAGUUGAAGUAGAAGAUCAAAUCACUGCUGGCAGAGAAUUUGAAAAAUUACAUUAUGUUGAAUCAAGCAAAAUUGCUGUUUGGGGCUGGUCCUAUGGCGGUUUUGUAACCAGUUCAAUCUUGGGCCAUGGGACAGAUAUUUUUAAAUGUGGAAUUGCUGUUGCUCCGGUCACUGACUGGAGAUAUUACGACUCUGCUUAUACUGAAAGGUAUAUGGGGUCCCCAUAUACAAAUUUAGCUAGUUAUAAGAUCUCUAGAAUAUCUCCAAUGGCACAUAAUUUCAGAAAAUCAAGCUUUUUGCUAAUUCAUGGUACAGGAGAUGAUAAUGUCCACUUCCAAAAUUCAGCCCAACUCAUGAAAGCAUUGACUGAUGCGAAUGUCUACUACAGAUCCCAGAUUUAUCCAGACGAACAGCAUCUUCUGAAUGGUGGAAACACUUACAGACAUGUGCACGAGACAAUGGCAGAUUUCUUAAUGGAAUGUUUCAAUGGGAAAUCAAAGAAAUUUGAAGAAAAAACUAAAAAGCAUGAAGAAUUGACAGUCAAAGAAGACCCUGAGGAAGAAUAA